AUGUCGCAGCAUGGCGGUCUUGGGAACACGGCUCAGAGGUGGCGGGAGCUCCACGGCGAGAACAACUGGAAAGGCCUCCUGUACCCGCUCGACCUCGACCUGCGCCGCACCGUCAUCCGCUACGGCGAGAUGGCACAGGCAACCUACGACGCGUUCAACCACGAGAGGCUCUCGCCGCACGCCGGCCUCUCCAGGUUCGGCAAGAACCAGUUCUUCGAGAGGGUGCAGCUGCCGGGCCAGGCCGGCACGUACCGUGUCACCAAGUUCUUGUACGCGAUGUCCUCCGUCGCCGUGCCGGAGGCGUUCAUAAUGAGUUCCCUAUCAAGGGCGGCUAACAGUAACAGGUGCUGCGAGUCCAACUGGAUCGGGUACGUCGCGGUGGCCACCGACGAGGGGACGGCCAUGCUCGGGCGCCAGGACAUCGUCGUCGCGUGGCGCGGCACGCUGCGGGCCCUGGAGUGGGUCGACGACCUGGAGUUCGCCAUGGUGCCGCCGACAGGUCUGCUUGGGCAUCAUGAAAGCUCGGAGGCCAUGGUGCACCGGGGGUGGCUGUCCAUGUACACCUCCAGCAACCCCAUGUGUAGCCACAACAAAGACAGUGCAAGAGACCAGGUGUUGAGUGAGGUGCGGAGGCUGAUGGACAAGUACAAGGACGAGGAGCUCAGCAUCACCGUGACGGGGCACAGCCUCGGCGCGGCGCUCGCCACCCUGAACGCGUUCGACAUCGCCGCGAACGGAUACAACGUGGCGACGCGCGGCGCGGGGACCGGCUGCUCGGUCACCGCGUUCGCGUUCGCCAGCCCCCGCGUCGGCUGCUCCGGCUUCAAGAAGCGGUUCGACGGCACACCUGGGCUGCGGCUCCUCCGCGUCCGCAACACCCACGACAUCGUGCCCAGGUACCCGGCCGUGUUCUACCACGACGUCGGCGCCGAGCUGGCGAUCGACACGAGGAAGUCGCCGUACCUGAGGAGCCCCGGGCACGAGCAGAUCUGGCACAACCUGGAGAACUACCUCCACGGCGUGGCGGGCACGCAGGGCGUCGGGGGAGGGUUCGAGCUCGCGGUGGAGCGGGACGUGGCGCUGGUGAACAAGGCAUACGACGCGCUGCGGGACGAGCACGGGGUGCCGCCCGGGUGGUGGGUCCCGUGGAACAGGGGCAUGGUGAAGGGCGCCGACGGGCACUGGAGCUUGAUGGAUUGCGAGGAGGAAGAGAAUUUCCCAACUGUUGGGUAA